CGGCCGCGGCGGUGGCGGCGAAGAUCAACGCGAUGCUGAUGGCCAAGGGGAAGCUGAAGCCGGCGCCCAGCGGUGCCGACAAGGCUCUGGGAAAAGGCCCGACUGCGAGUAAAAGCAAAGACGACCUUGUGGUGGCAGAGGUGGAGAUCAACGACGUGCCCCUCACGUGCAGGAACCUGCUGACGAGAGGGCAGACGCAGGACGAGAUAAGUCGACUGAGUGGAGCAGCUGUCUCAACUCGAGGGAGAUUCAUGACCGCAGAAGAAAAAGCAAAAGUGGGACCUGGAGAUCGCCCUCUGUAUCUGCAUGUCCAGGGUCAGACACGGGAGCUGGUUGACCGAGCUGUUAACAGAAUUAAGGAGAUCAUCACUAAUGGCGUGGUGAAAGCUGCCACGGGCUCUAGCCCAACGUUCAACGGGGCUACAGUUACUGUCUAUCACCAGCCAGCCCCCAUUGCUCAACUCUCCCCAGCAGUUGGCCAAAAACCUCCGUUUCAGUCAGGGAUGCAUUAUGUUCAGGACAAAUUGUUUGUUGGUCUGGAACAUGCUCUACCUACGUUUAAUGUGAAAGAAAAGGUGGAAGGGCCUGGUUGCUCCUACUUGCAGCACAUUCAGAUUGAGACGGGUGCCAAAGUGUUUCUUCGGGGGAAAGGCUCAGGUUGCAUAGAACCAGCAUCAGGCAGAGAAGCUUUUGAACCCAUGUACAUCUAUAUCAGUCACCCGAAGCCAGAAGGUCUGGCAGCUGCUAAAAAGCUAUGUGAGAAUCUCUUACAAACUGUCCACGCCGAAUACUCUCGAUUUGUGAAUCAAAUAACCACUGCAGUCCCGUUGGCAGGCUUUGCACAACCUGCUGCUAUAAGCAGUGUACCUUCUCAGCCGUCGUAUUACCCUUCAAAUGGGUAUCAGUCUGGUUAUCCUGUCGUUCCCCCUCCACAACAACAACCAGUCCAGCCGCCGUACGGGGURCCGGGCAUGGUACCACCUGCAGUACCGUUGGCACCUGGAGUCCUAACAACGUUGCCUACAGGAGUUCCACCUGUGCCAACACAAUAUCCGAUAUCUCAAGUACAGCCUCCAGCCAGCACUGGCCAGAGUCCACUGAGUGGUCCUUUUCUUCCCGCUGCCCCAGUAAAAACAUCCCUGCCUGCUGGAACACAGCCGCAAGUGCAACCCCAUUCCCAAGGCCAAAAGAGGCGGUUCACUGAGGAGCUACCAGAUGAGAGAGAGUCGGGACUGCUGGGAUAUCAGCAUGGACCCAUUCAUAUGACUAAUUUAGGUACAGGCUUCUCCAGUCAGAGUGAAAUCGAUGGAACAGGAUCGAAGCCAGCAAGUUCCUCAGGAAAGGAGAGAGAGAGGGACAGGCAGUUGAUGCCUCCACCAGCUUUUCCUGUCUCUGGGAUGAAAUCAGAAUCUGAAGAAAGAAAUGGUGCGGGGUCCUUACUAGGCAACCAUGAUCAUCAAGCUAAGAAGAUGAAAACUGCAGAAAAGGGGUUUGGAUUGGUGGCAUAUGCAGGAGAUUCGUCAGAUGAAGAGGAGGAACAUGGUGGCCAUAAAAAUGCAAGUACUUUUUCACAGGGAUGGAGCUUGGGAUACCAGUACCCUUCCUCACAACAGCGAGCUAAACAACAGAUGCCGUUUUGGAUGGCACCAUAAAGGCUACAGAACAAUUUUCAUAUGUCUUUUUUUGUUAUUUUUUUCCCCCUCUAGCAAUAAUGCAUGUAUAUUACACAGUGAACUUUGCAAGUAUGCAUUAUUUCUACAUUUGCAGAAGCUAAAGCUUCAAUAUUCCCUCUUGAAAGGGCUCCAUUAUUUUUAAAAUCCUUAUUUCUGCAGUGGAUUUGUAAACUAUGCGAAAUACUUGAAAUAAAGAGUUUGGAAUGGGAGGGCCCUUAUAAAACAGGGGAAGUAUUAUAAAGAGAAACUAGGAAGCCCGUCUUUCCCCAUGCUUCCCAUCUUUCCAGGAUAACUUAAAUGGAAAGAGCUGUCAAAGCUGACUUCCCUGUGUUUCUGCAGUCCCACUGAGCUAAUGGUGAUCAAGGAUUCAAUGUUUGGACUUUUGACAAAGAAAGGGAUUGCUCAGUAAUUCUGAAAAAUUGGGGGAUUGCGCUUUCUAAAACUCCUAAUUUGUUUUUAUUUUGUCUCCUGUAAUCCAGCAUUUUUUCCCUCUAAAAAUGUGGAUUUUUUUUUUUUGUACUAACUCCUUAACUCCUGGUUUUAGCUCAGUGUCUUGAUGGGGAAAAAUGCAUUCUUUUUCUUCAUCUUGCCCAUAACUCUGCAAUGAACUUGGUCCUUUUAGCCUGGGUACUCGGUCGUCUCAUUCUCCCCGUGUAUUUCCUUCCCUUCGGCCGCGUGAAGG